GAGGAUGGGCUGUUGUCUGGUAAUGUUUCUGGAGAGACCACAGCCGAUUGCUCUGUCAGUGAGGGGGGGGAGGGGAUUUGAACCGACGUUAUAGCCGCAUUACGAAGGAAUGGCCGACUACCGCACUUUUGCUGUGGUGGAUGGGGAUGGCCCGGAAGUCGUUUGUUCCGCUGGAAGAUCUGUCAGGAUCUCCAUCUUCCCCUGUGGCAGCAUGUUGCUGUGUGCACACAUAUAAAGAACCAUGUCAGUGCUUUGUCAUCCUCCAUACUUCCUUGUUUCUCUCUCUUUCCUCACCUCCUCCUCUUCGCCUCGCUUUCAUAGCCCUCUGCUCCCCUCUCACCUCCUGGCCCCAGCAUCUGCCCAUUGCCCCGCUUGGCUCUGCUGGUUGCUGCUCUCCCACCUGGACUGCUGCACUCACUCGGCUCACAUCACAUCCAGCGCUCUCGCCCGCUAGAUCUGAUAUAUAAAAAUACCUAUUUCCACCGCUCUUUUCUGGAUUUAACAAUUUAAAAAAAAGAAAAAAAAGACAAAAAGGCGGUGUCUCUCAUUAUCGUCGUUGUCGUCGUCGUCGUCUAAUCCGCCUCCGUCUACUGGCGUGCCACAACAGUCUGUCUCACAGAG